ACUGUCCCAGCUGCAUGAGGCGGCGACAUGGGCGCCAGGAGACUCCGGGUCCGAAGCCGGAGGAGCCGGGACAGCUCGGUGCCCACCCAGUGCAAUCAGACCGAGUGCUUCGACCUUCUGGUGCGAAACUGCGUGUCCUGUGCGCUCUUCCACACGCCGGACACUGGACAUAGUAAGCAAAGGCAUGGGGAUAGGCGCGACCUGCCUGAUGUAUCCAGCCUACCAGCGCCGCAUGCUCCUCUGCUGACCCUGGAGCCAGUGGUCUCCCGCGUCCCUCACUCAAGCAGCCUGAAGCCUGGGACAGCUCUGCAGCCUCAGGAGGGCUCAGCUCUGAGACCCGAUGUGGCGCUGCUCGUCGGUGCCCCCGCACUCCUAGGACUGAUACUGGCGCUGACCCUGGUGGGUCUAGUGAGUCUGGUGAGCUGGAGGUGGCGUCAACAGCUCAGGACGGCCUCCCCAGACACUUCAGAAGGAGUCCAGCAAGAAACCCCUCAUGCCUCAGCUCCUACCUGGCCUCCGCGCAAAGAAGAAUCAGGCAGUACCCUGCCACGCCACAGCGUCCCGGUGCCCGCCACAGAACUGGGCUCCACCGAGCUGGUAACCACCAAGACAGCUGGCCCAGAGCAAUAGCAGCAGUGGAGAUUGGAACCCAGGGAUCUCUACUGGGCUUGUGGACUUCACCCAACAGCUUGGGAAAGAACUUGGCCCUUCAGUGACCGAGUCCUUUGCCUGGGGAGGUGAGCCCGGCAGAACCAGACACUACAGGCCACAUGAGACUGCUUUUGUGUUAGCUCUUGGCUUGAGAACUUUCCAUUUCUGAGAUGGUUUGUAAGCCUGUGUGCCUUCAGAUGGUUGCAAAGGCUUAAGGGUUGCAUAUUAAUCUCUGUAAUGAGUCAGAGACUGGAAACUUAAUCUCGUUCUAAAAAUUUUGGAUUAUUGGGCUGGAGGUAUGGCUCAGCAGUUCGGUUUGUGUGCUGUUCUAGCCGAGGACUCCAGUUGUUCAGCUUCCUGGAACUCAGAUCUGGCAGCUUAAAACCACCUGUCACUCCAGCCCCUGGAACAUCCUUGCCUCCAAAGGCACCCAGCACUCAUUUGCUCUAGAGCACACACACACACACACACGCAUGCACACACACACACACAUGCACACUUAAAAAUGUCAAAAUUAGCGGCUGGAGAAAUUCAUGGUCAACAGCGCUUACUGUGAUUCCAGAGAAUGAGAGUUUGGUUCCCAGAAUGCACUUCAGGUGGCUCAUUACUGAGCAUAACUUUUGCUUCAGGGGACCUGAUGCCUCUGGACUUCAUGGGCAUCUGUAUUCACGUGCACAUUCUACACACACACACACACACACACACACACACUCUUUUACAAAUGAUAAAAUAUAAUAAGAUGGGCAUGAUGGUACACACCUUUAAUCCCAACAUUGGGGAAGCAAAGGCAGGCAGAUAACUGAGUUGGAGGCCAUCCUGGUCUACAUAGUAAGUUCCAGGCUAGCCAGAACUAAAUGGUGAGACCAAGUCUCAAAAUAAUACCCUCCCAAAAAAACUUUUAAAUUUUGAUUUUUUUCUUUUAUUAUUAUUUUUUUUAUAUUAAUUUCAUGGUAUUUAGAAGUGGUAUACUUAGAUGGUGACUAAGAUGAGGUAAAGCCAUCAGGACUGAGCCCCUAACAUACAAGGGGAGACCAGAGACAAUGAACACGCCCCUCUCCUGCCGUGUGCCAGCUCUGGACCACCAGCCAGAGGGCAAUCAUCAGAUGUGGGCCCUAGAACCUUCAGAGCUGUAAGCUAAAUCAAUCUCAUUUCUUUGUAAAGUUAUUCAGCCUUAGGUGUUUUGUUACGGCAAUAUACCAUGGACUAACACAGGCACGAUGAGUAAGAGGCUUUUCUUUGAGCUGGGAAAGGUACUGUUAAACCAAAAUUAAUCUGAAUAAAAAAAAGGCUACGGGGAAGACACU